AACCAAUUUAGAUUAGGGCACUUUUCCACUGAGAUCGCCGGUUGAGAUCGCCAGAGAAACAAAAGCCGGCGACGGCCGCUACAAUGUACGGAUCAGUUCCGGCUGACACCACCGCCGAAUCUGAACGAACCGCGUUCCGAAACGCAGAGAAGCGAUACAAACUCUACAAGGCCCCUGCUCGGAGAUCCAACAGGUACUCAUCCAAAAACCCUAAACCCCCGAUUUCAAGAUUUCUGGCGCACAUGUUUCUGGUCUUCUUUACUUUUUGCAGGAAGAAGAGUUCGAUUAAGGAGGUAGAUCUCUCCGAUGUCUUUGAUUUUCGCGCCAUUCUUGAGGCUUAUGAGAGGGGCGGCGAGAUUCCUGAUGGGGUCUUUAGAUUUGAGUGCUCUGGGUUUCAUCGCCGUGUCUUUUGUUUCGAUGAUCGGCCAGGAUUCUAUUUCAUCCCCAGUGCAUUGACUGUUCAAGAGCAAGGUCACUGGAUCAGGGAGAGCCUGACUACCUUUCCUCAGCCUCCUAACAGAACCAAUCAUACUGCUACCUACGGUCCCAUCUUUGAUUUGUUCAAAGCUGUUCAAAACCAGGAAGUUUUAACUGAAGAUGAGACGAGUGCAAAUUUGGAGUGUGAGCAUAUCCCUGUUGAUAACUUUCAUGUUGCUCAGAGAUUCAUAUUUUCUGAAGCAAGUGCCAUCAUUCAUAAAGAGAAGGCUUGUAAACCAAUUGCAGCAUCCCUUCUUUUGCGCAAACUGCGAUGGAGCACCCUUGGGUUGCAAUUUGACUGGUCUAAGCGCAACUAUGAUGUUACGCUCCAUCAUAACAAGAUACCAGAUUCCCUUUGUUUGCUCGCAAAGAAAAUGGCAUCACCUGCCAUGCCUUCAGGAGAAGAAUUUAAGCCAGAAGCUGCAAUAGUGAACUAUUUUGGUCCAAGUGAUAUGCUGGGGGGCCACCUUGAUGACAUGGAGGCAGAUUGGAGCAAGCCUAUUGUAAGCAUCAGCUUGGGCUGCAAGGCAAUAUUUCUCCUCGGUGGAAAGUCAAGAGAGGAUUUACCAGUAGCCAUGUUUUUGCGAAGUGGUGAUAUUGUACUUAUGGCUGGACAAGCAAGGGAAUGCUUCCAUGGAAUACCUCGAAUUUUUACAGACAAAGAACAUGCAGAAGUUUCUACCCUCUUCUCACAAUUCUCAGGCGGAGAAGACUCCUGUUUCAGGGAUUACGUUGCAAAUUCAAGGAUUAAUAUCAAUAUCAGACAGGUCAAUUAGACGCACCAAAGUUUUCUAUAGAUUCACCCAUGGUGAGUUUUGCUGAAGAGAGUAGUAUUUGUUUCACUGGAGGAACUGGUGACCCAACUCUGAAUUCUAGCCUACUGCUAUUGUCUGGGGGGGGGGAAAUUCGAUGGAGGCCCUUUGUAGAAUGUCACAUAGGGAGGAAGGAGAGGGUGACAUUUGACAUAUCAGUGAAAAUGCCUAUCUAUAAAUGCAAUCACUACCAAUGUAAUUACAACUGCACUAAUAGAUAUUAGUAUUAUGUGCAUCAAGAUUCGUGAUAUGUCAGGUGCCAUCAUCUCUUUUACCUUUCUAUAUGAUAUUAUAGACCCUCGAUAUGAUUUUCCCCUUAUUGUUGGAAUUUAUUGUCAGCAAGCCUGGCAGGUAAUCUCAAUGCAGGUGGAGCUAACAUUUCUCGAGGCCGCUGUCUUCAUCCUCUCCACGCUGUCCAUGUCUUCUUGGGCCUGUGCCCAAAUAAUUCGAGCCCUUGAGAAUUACUUCCAAGUUUGCUCAAUCUCUCUCUUCAUCAGCUCUCUACCUCGUCAGCAAAACGCUUCUCCAUGGCAACAAGCUGAAUUUGCGUAGUGUCGUGUCGCCUGAAUGCUUUUAUUGUGAUUGCCUGUGCUCUUUUAUAGGCUCAGGUCGAUCUCAGGGAUGGUCACUGGGAGCUUGUAAAGAGUAUGAUAACAGUCAUACAUCGAAAUUGACUUGUAUACCUUUGUCUUGUUGUCCUUUGUUCCUUUGAAAUGGCUGUAAGACCCUCAGCAUGUUAUAAAAUGCUACAUUUGAUAAAUGUUUGUUUCUAGUA